ACCUAAGGUACCUCUAUCUCACCAGCUGCGCGUACUCGAGAGGAUCAGCCCGACCUUACCUUCCCCGUCCCCGCUUCAUCCACCUCGAGACCUCGAUGCCUCGAGCCUCCGUCGCCAUGUCACCCCAGCCCCGGCGCACCACGACCGACGGGCUGGAAAGCCGAACCAGAACAACUGGCCAUUUCAGUGACACCGAGUCCUCUCUCGCCAGCGUUUCGACAAACCAGUCCCAAGCCGCGCGCAAAGAGCACAAGAUUACGCGGCUGCUCUCGUAUCUCGGCUCCAAUAACCCACUCCCGGCGGAAAUCGCCGCGGAUGACGUGGUCUGGCUAAUGGACAAUACCGCAUUCCGCGACGCCAAAGGGGCAUGGCAGGCCGAGUUUGUCGCCGCGGCUUUUGAUAAGCAGCCGUCGGCAAGAGUACUCGACAUUGUGGGCGAGAUCGCCCACAAAGUGGGGCUGUCGAAGGGGGCCAAGGAGGAGGAGACCAUUGAGCGGCGCAUUGGUCCCUUCGUCAUGGAGGUCCUGCCCGGUAGGCGGAUCAGAGUCAACUUUGGCAGGCGCACGCAACUGAAGCUCGGGCCCGGGGGGAGAAACGGCAUAAGCAGCGACCUCGUGAAACUACCAGAUCUGCGCGGGGGCUCUGUGGUGAGAUCAACGGCAGACGUGCCAAUCGAGGUCACGGGACUGUUGGGGAUGAAGACGCUGUUUGCUGAGCCAGAGGGAUGGGCGGUCAUCUCAGACAUUGACGACACCAUAAAAGUGACUCAGACAUCAGAUCCGGUGGGAAUCCUGCGGUCAACCUUCGUGUCAGAGCCGACCCCAAUCGAUGGCAUGCCCGAGCUGUACGGCCAGAUCCGGGAAUUGGUGACGCCGUCGGCGCCCUUCUUCUAUCUCUCGGCCUCUCCAUACAACCUGUAUCCCUUUCUGCGCAGCUUCAGGGACGCGUACUACCCGCAUGGCCAGCUUAUUCUGCGCGACGCCAGCUGGAUGACAGUAUCCGGACUGCUCUCGAGCCUGACACUGGGGACAGAGAAGUACAAGGUCGACAGAAUCAGGAAGAUUCACGGCUGGCUGCCCCGCCGCAAGCUCAUAUGCAUUGGAGACUCCACGCAAAGUGACCCGGAGGCAUAUGGCGACGCUUAUAGGGCGUUUCCGGGGUGGAUCAAGUUAAUCCUCAUCCGAAAGGUGACCGACAUCGCUGCCAUCGGAAUCCGGGAGAAGAACGAGCCGGAAAGGUUUGAGAAGGCCUUCGCCGGUGUGCCUCGGUGAGAACUUCUUCCUUUCACCGGGGGUUGUCGCGAAGCUGCUUCACGGGUGACUGAUUCAGGAACAGCGAGACCUGGCAUGUGUUUGAGGACCCUGCGGAAUGCCGGCAGCUGGUUCAGAUGGCCGUGGGGAAGCACUGAACCCGUCCAAUGGGUAUCCAGGGCAGGAGCGUUUUGCAGGAACAGAUGGCCACGGCCGUAUGCGGGCCGACAGCGGAAACGUUUCCGGAACCUGUCAGGUGCGGGGU